AUGUGCCGCCUCCUGUCGGCCGCAGGGGAAGGCGGCGGAGCCGAGCAGGAUGACAGGGAGGCGGAGCUAGCUAAUUGUCCUUGGGUUCUUGAUCAACACUUGAUCAUCCAAGGACACGGCCAGCGACAAAGAGCAGGAGCAAGAACCGCCACGGCGGCGGGCGGACCCGCAAACCCCGCCGAGGAACCGCCGGUUUCUCCGGAGAAGACCCAGGAGGAGGUGGCGGCGGAGCUGAAGGAGGUGAUGCGCGCGCGGAAGGAGGCGGAGGUCGCCGGAGGCGGCGGCGGGUGGUGGGCCGGGGUGACCCAGGAGAUGUCGGAGAUCGAGUGGCCGGCGCCCGGGAAGGUGCUGGGCACCACGGGGGUCGUCCUCGGCAUCAUCGCGGGGUCCACGGCCGCGCUGCUCUCCGUCAACGCCGUCCUCGCCGAGCUCUCCGACCGCGUCUUCGCUGGCCGGGGCCUCCAGGAUUUCUUCUAAGGGUGAUGUGGCAUCCAUCCGUCUCCUUUUGUAUUUCGAGAAUUCAGGUAGGCGUAUAGUCCGUUCGCUGUAUCCAUGGUUUCCAACAUGGUUGUGUUGCUUCGAGUGAUAUAUGGUGAUGUUUGGGAGAAAAUUUCAAUGUGCUAACCAUUGGAUGCAAUUCAGUCUCUGGGAAAGAAUUUCGCACUGUCAUUUCUGUGUCA